CUUCUUAAAAAUACGCCAACGAGUAGAGCAGCCAGUAGAUGUUGUUGUUGGAGCUAACGUUGUUAUUUACAGGAGCUGUCACCCUCCUCCCUAACUCCCCGUCCCCCACCCCCGUUGCACCUUAUUCUCCAGUCGGUUCGGACCUUUCACAUAUAACUCUGGCAGACAGCCGAUAACAGAGAGCAACUCUGAGUCUGAAUCUCCAAACACGGCUAGCAUCAGCUAGCGGGUCCCACGGCAGAGCUAACGGCUAGUCGCUUAGCAGUGAUGGAGUGGCUGGGCAACGGAGCUUCAGUUUACCCCGGCGAAGAGUCCGACAGUGACCCAGCUCCAGCAGCUAGAGGCUACGGUGAUGUUUGCCCUCACCAGCAGCCUCCAUCGUCGCAGCUUUGUGAUUGUGCCAUGGCAUCACUGUGCCAGAGUCAGCAGCGCUGUGUGAAGGCCUCUAUAGUCUCCAGCUGGAGACUGGCCGAGGCGCAGGACCAGCUAUGUUCUCUGGGGGUCCACAGCUCAGAGUCCCUGGAGCAGGAACGUGCUCGGACGCAGGUCUGCCCCACAGAACUCACACACACUGAGGAGGAGUGGCGCCGCAAAGAAAGCAUGCUGGGAGGUCAGGAACCCAACCGCAGCCCUGUGCUCGGAGCUGAUGGAAGUUGGGACGUUUUUGAUAAGAGUAUCAUUAAUGUCCAAAGUCAAACUGUUGAAAUGGAUCAGGACAAGUGCAAUACAGUUCUCCAAAAGUAUGAGAAAGAGCUCAGGCAUUUUGGUAUGUUGAGGAGAUGGGAUGACAGUCAGCGAUUCCUUGCAGACAUGCCUCAGAUCAUCUGCGAGGAAACGGCAAAUUACUUAAUCCUGUGGUGCAUAAGACUGCAGCAAGAAGGGAAAGAAGCCCUGAUGGAGCAGGUGGCGCACCAAGCUGUCGUUAUGCAGUUCAUCUUGGAGAUGGCCUUGAACUCUCAGCAGGAUCCCAGAGGCUGCUUCAGACAGUUCUUCCACAAAGCCAAAGAAGGACAAGAUGUCUACUUAGAAGUCUUCCACACAGAGCUUGAGGCCUUCAAAUACAGAGUUAAAGACUACGCAGUCAAAUGUAGAGGUGAUGCACCUAACAGCAUUGAACAACAGAACACUGGCACAAACUGCAGACUUGACCCCAAAGAAUCCCUGGACUCUUUACCUCUGGUGGCAGAGUACCCUAUGAAGCGUUGUCUAGAGACUGGACUGUGGACAAGCACGGGGAGGUGGUCAAAGGACGACACUACAGAAACAGAGGACAUGCGCAUGAUGGAGACCUCCUAGGGAAUGUAGGACCGGCUCCCUGCUUUUUCUUCCAUCUCCAUCGUCUCCAUGUUUAGGAACAACCUCAGCUUUUGAACCAUUUCUCAACAGCAGACCAGGCUGGUAAAUGGCAGUGCAGAGCAGGAGUAAAUGGAGACACGAUCGGUCAUUAACGCUGCAUUUUUCAAUGGAGAACUUGCAGGAAAUCCUAUAAUGUUUUACUUAAACAUUUCUGUGUGUCGCCGUUAGUCUGUCACUGUGGUUGGCCUCAGGCGAGUUGGUCCCUGCAGUCGCUUUUGCCUAGCUAAAUGCAUGUGUUGUGCCAUAACACUCUGUUAUUAUCCUCCAAGCUGGUUAUUUUUUUAUUUCUCCCGGAACAGAGAAACAUCCUCUUUAAAUUGAAUCCAGAGAACACAAAGAAUACUAAACCAAUCAAGACUCCAAAAGUGAGUUAAACCUAAUGUCUGAGGCAGAGCAGGUGCUUAAAAUAAAUCAUGUUAAGUUUAGGAAAAGCAUGACUGACAGAUGAAUGGCUUGGCUGUAUCAAUUGCAAUGCUAUAAUGAAUUAAUGUAUCUGAGUAUUUCAGACUAGGUUUGAAAUUUGAAAACUGUCCAAUCUGACACUACCAUAAGAUCUGGGAAAGGCUGGGCCUCACAUCUGUUAAAUUUGUGGUACAUAACCCCUCUUAAGUUCAACUGAACUUUCUGGUUUUAUGCUAAUCUACACAGAGUACUUUGAAUGUGUUUAUUGGCAAAUGUCUGAAUCUGUAACAUAUACUGAAAGCACAAAUGCUCCAGUUGUGGUUACCUGGAUUUGUGUUCGAUUUGUCAGGCCAGACUGAAAUUACAGGCCAGUUAAAGGUUGGAUUAAAAGCUCUUCUUGGGUGGGGUCACAAUCACCCUGCAGGCCUUGUAAGGAAUUGCACACAGUCUCACUGGUCUCUCAGGUUGAUUUAGAGAGGAUUAAUAAUGCAGUAUGUGGCCAGUCAGUGUGCUGACUCAGUAUUUUAAAUGAACAGACAAAGCAGUAACUUUUGGUGCAAAUGUUUUUAAAUUCUAUUUGUCUUGUGUGAUGCAAUUCCUUGUUGUGCCAGAAGGGCCAUGAAGAGCAGCCAACCUUGUUGCUCAAAGUGAAGCUAGAGUUCUGUUGUUAAAUAAAAUGAGUGGGUUAUCUUACAACACUGCUUUUACAAAUGUGAAAUUGGAGUUAGCUAACAUCAGUGUAGCCUUAACAUUGUUUGCUUUGAACACUUUGCUUAAUGGCAGGCGCAUGAAGGUCAGAGCACGUUGUAGCUUGGAGUUGAUGCAAUUCAUGCUGACCAUGAAAGACAGGACGAGAGUGGUUUUUAAUGUUGGAGGUUCUCUAAAAAAAGUAUUCAUAGUGUUAUCUGGAGAGCCUUAUAAAGCAAUGAAAGUGUAUUAGUAAUCCAAACCUCUUUUACAUCUACCAUUAACAUGCAUCUGUGGCAUUCAGAUUUUAUCUAGAUAGUGUUCAACUGUGUAGACAAACAUACAUUUAUUCAUUAUAUAUAAUACCUACAAUGAAUGAUAAUACAAAAUCAUCAGAGUUUCCAUUUAACAUACAUCAACAAUAAUAUACAGUGUAUUCUCAAAAGUGAUGUUGAGUGUUGUUCUGCUCUGUUACAAAAAUAAUUCAGCCUCACAGAAAAGUAGUUGCUUAUCCAUUUAAGCAGCUGGACAUAAGAGACAAAUAAUAAAGACAACAGUGCAUGACUGUCUGUGUCUGCAAGAUUAUGUUUGAGACAAUAUAAUAACUCCACAUUUACUGCAUGACAAAGCACAAUGCACAUAAAUACACACAGAGCGAGGCAAGAUCAGCCCAUUUUAUGAGGAUAUUUGAGACAAUUUUAGAUUUAAGUGACCGCGUGAAUUAUCUAAGUCCAGGUAUUAUCUGGGUGCAAGAGGCAUGGUGAUGUAAGUUGUAAAGAGGAAAUUGUCACAUAGUUAUUAUUCGUCAGUUGAAUUAUGCUCCCGUGGACUUUAUUUCAAAUGUGUAAUCAAAGCAUCAGAUUUCAACCUGGAGUACAGUUGAUUAAGUACAAAUCAUGCUAAAUUAUAAGUACUUUUGUUCCUCAUGGGUUUUGUGUGUUCGUUUUUCUCUGGUUCACUGAGUAAAACUAACUUAAAUUUUCUUUACCAGCUUGCCGUCUUUUACCGGACAUCCUAAACAGUCACAAACACCAUUUUCCUUAAACAAGUGCUUUGUGCAGACUGUUGCCAGUGCUGUGUGGGUUAAAGUUCUCAGUUCUGGGAUCUACACCUGAGUAGGUGAGAAAAAGCAGCAGUAUGAAGGGGAGGGGGGAGAAAAGGGCUUCGUUCUCCACAAAGAGACUUUUACUGUAUAUCUGUAUGCAGAAGCGAGCUCUCUGCAUCUGAAUGUGUCCUGCACUUUAUAUUUCUCUUCUUAAAAAGUUUUUAGUUCUGUCUCUUUUUUUGUUGUGCUCCCAGUCAUUCAGAAUUGUUAUUUUACAAGCAAACCAUAGAUGAGCUUGUGGGUUGAAUUGUGUGAUUUUAUUUUGAUUUACUUUUGUAUUGUAUUGUCAUCUGACCUUUUUUUGUUGAAGGAAGCUUUUUCCAGAUUCAUUAGGCUUCCAAGUAACUGUCCCCCUGGUAAUCAUCUUCUUUAUUUGACAAGAUAACAAACAUCAGCGUAAAAAUGAGCUGAGUGACAUGAUCAGCAAGAUUUUUACUACGGACCGUGGAAUUAGAAAUGCCAUACGAUGCGUUUAAAUACAAUACAUCACAAGCUUCUGUAUGAUGCGUCUUUGAUUCUGCAGUCAACCCUUUGAAAAGCAUCAUUAACACUGUAAACACAAACAGGUAUUGUCAGCAGCGAUGCUAAAAUAAUGUGCUGUAGUGGACUUAAGUGUUUUUUGUUUUCUAUUUUUUUGUCCAUAGUGACUACUCAACUAUGCAAAAAUAACUGUUUGGCUUAAACUGCUGUACUAAACCUGUGGCCAGUGUCUCUGGUGUCUUGACUCCCCUACUAGAAAUCCUGUGACUUCAUAUAAGAGUUUCUGUCAUUAAGCUUUAGAAAAAUGAUCAAUGUUACACUUCCUCAUUGACAGUAGGCAGCAGUAAGAUUUGGCUUCUCAUGCUGCUGUAACAAACUCAACUAUAAAACCUGUGAUAAAUGUUUAUGUCUUGUCAACUGCUACAGUUCUUUGGAGACCUGCAGUAACUAUACAGUCAACCUCUCUGACUUAAAAAUUGAGGAGCCUGAAAUGGGUUAAUUACUAAAGGGUAACCCCACCAAUUGUCGAGUUGCAUCAUGGGUAAUGUAGGCUCCAGGUUGUGACAAGGAAGUAGAAUGUGUGUAAUUAAAACAUAUAUCUGGUUCUGCGGCAUUGAUUUUGAUACAUCUGACAAAUGUUAUAUGAGUGCAAUGUUAAAUUAGUGAAGUACUCUUAACUGUUUUAGGGGCAGCUGUGUUGCUGUCAAAAUCAGUCAAAUGAUGAAUGAAAAAAAUGAUCAGGAAACUAUCCAGUUGUGUUAUUCUGGUGUACAACAAUACACUAAAUACAGUAAUUAGUAUGAGAAGUUUAUUGUGAUUCAUAAUAAAUACUCAUGACACAA